AUGAAGGAAGGCUUCAUGGAGAAAACUGGUCCAAAGGUUUCUGUUGGUUAUACUCCAUUAAUCUUGCCACCUAUCUUAAAGGUGCAGUGAGUAGUAUAUAAUGGCAUUUAGCCAAACAGACAAACAGAUUAGGUAGAAAGGGGAUAUCAUUUGUAACUCUGUUUAAGUUAUAAUAUAAUCACGUCAAUAUGAAAACUGUAUUGUCUUUUUGUUAACUCAGAAUGAGCUUUUUAUAUCUACAUGGGAGCAGAUCCCCCUUAGCCUGGCUGGGCCAUCCAGUUGCGUGAAUCACUUGCUGUUCCCUCCCACAACAGUCUGGACUUCGGGCAAUUGGGAACGUGUAUUAGAAAUCAGAAAAUAACUGGGCCAAUCAGUGACUGUGUUUCCACUGUUCCCCGGACAACAAGGAAAGGCAGCCCCUGAUUGGUCCAUGUGUAGAUGGUGACGUCUAACACCUGCUGCAGGACUUUUCAAAGCGCCGUUCAUUUAGAACGCCGUUAAUUCUGCAGUUGACUUUGCAAAGUCGGCAGAAAUCGUUUAUAUCCGCAGAAGAAGACAUAAAAGACAUUGUUUGCUCGCACACGUUGAAAUAUUACCAAACCUUUACUUGAUGCUUGAGAGCCUAGCAGGGAACACAGUUGCACACUGUGAUGACGUUAGGUGUUUGGUUACGGUGAUUGGUUACAGUAGUCUGUCUAUCAAGGAAAGUACUCCCGCCCACUUUUAGGGCUCCCAAUUGGCUGAAAUCCAGACUGUUGUGGGAAGGAACGGCAAGUGAUUCACGGAACUGGAUGGCCAAGCCAGGCUAGGUCCCCCUUACACUGUGACUGACAUUGUAGUAUUGUAGUGUUCCUGUAUUUUGUGAAAGACCACAAAGAAUCUAGUAUCUGAAUGCUCUAUUUUGCUUAUUCCCAUCUCUACACACUGUACCUUUGAAUAAAAACAUUGUAUACGAGUCAGGCAUUAAAUAAUGGUUCUCUUUUAGCCUUGUGACCAAAGGAUGCCUUCAUAAAAUGGAUUUCAUUCAGUAACUUAUUUCUUUGUGUCAAGUUUGAAUAUUUAAAUGAUGUUCAUUAGUAAAGGCCAAAAGAUCAAACAUUUAGAAAACAUCUUUUCGUUCUGUUCCUAAAUUCUAGUUAUUUUGCUUGAACUGUAGAGGACAGUGGCAUAUUAAUGUAUUUUUAUUUAAUGCUCAAAAUUCUUCAAGAUGAUUUUUACGUUUGACUUAUAAUAACUUAGAUUACAAAACUUUGAGCUUUAAUUUGUAACAUCAGCAAACAAGUUGUAAACCCCACUAUUUUCAAUACUGUCCUUGGUUGACUCAUUUCCCCUUCCAUAGCACACAGAAGGCUUCAAGAAGAGGUGGUUUACUAUGGAUGACAGAAGGCUCAUGUAUUUUAAAGAUCCUCUGGUAAGAAGAGGCGACACCUUUAACCUUACCUUCUGUACUGUGCAAGCACUUUAUUUGUAAAGGGACCCCCAUUUUUUUCCCUGUGUAUCAAAGGAUGCCUAUGCACGUGGUGAGGUGUUCAUCGGCAGUAAGGAAAGCAGCUACACCGUCUUGUCUGGCUUGCCCCCAUCCACACAGGGCUACCACUGGAACCAUGGCAUCACCAUUAUCACGCCAGACAGAAAAUUCCUGUUUGCCUGCGAGACAGAAGCUGAGCAACGAGAUUGGAUUGCUGCCUUCCAGAGGGUCAUUAAUCGACCAAUGAGGCCUCAGGAGUAUGCAGGUAUAAAUAAAUGUAAUCAUUUAAACACUGAAGAAAUUUGUUUAGAUCACAUAAAUGUCACAUAAAUAUUCACGACUGCUCGUACUUUAUAGUAUCAAGUUUAAUAAAGCAAUCAAUCUCUCUCUCUCUCUCUCUCUGUAUGUAUAUACACUCACCGGCCACUUUAUUAGGUACACCAUGCUAGUAACGGGUUGGACCCCCUUUUGCCUUCAGAACUGCCUCAAUUCUUCGUGGCAUAGAUUCAACAAGGUGCUGGAAGCAUUCCUCAGAGAGCUUGGUCCAUAUUGACAUGAUGGCAUCACACAGUUGCCGCAGAUUAGUUGGCUGCACAUCCAUGAUGCGAAUCUCCCGUUCCACCACAUCCCAAAGAUGCUCUAUUGGAUUGAGAUCUGGUGACUGUGGAGGUCAUUUGAGUACAGUGAACUCAUUGUCAUGUUCAAGAAACCAGUCUGAGAUGAUUCCAGCUUUAUGACAUGGCGCAUUAUCCUGCUGAAAGUAGCCAUCAGAAGUUGGGUACAUUGUGGUCAUAAAGGGAUGGACAUGGUCAGCAACAAUACUCAGGUAGGCUGUGGCGUUGCAACGAUGCUCAAUUGGUACCAAGGGGCCCAAAGAGUGCCAAGAAAAUAUUCCCCACACCAUGACACCACCACCACCAGCCUGAACCGUUGAUACAAGGCAGGAUGGAUCCAUGCUUUCAUGUUGUUGACGCCAAAUUCUGACCCUACCAUCCGAAUGUCGCAGCAGAAAUCGAGACUCAUCAGACCAGGCAACGUUUUUCCAAUCUUCUAUUGUCCAAUUUCGAUGAGCUUGUGCAAAUUGUAGCCUCAGUUUCCUGUUCUUAGCUGAAAGGAGUGGCACCCGGUGUGGUCUUCUGCUGCUGUAGCCCAUCUGCCUCAAAGUUCGACGUACUGUGCGUUCAGAGAUGCUCUUCUGCCUACCUUGGUUGUAACGGGUGGUUAUUUGAGUCACUGUUGCCUUUCUAUCAGCUCGAACCAGUCUGGCCAUUCUCCUCUGACCUCUGGCAUCAACAAGGCAUUUCCGCCCACAGAACUGCCGCUCACUGGAUAUUUUUUCUUUUUCGGACCAUUCUCUGUAAACCCUAGAGAUGGUUGUGCGUGAAAAUCCCAGUAGAUCAGCAGUUUCUGAAAUACUCAGACCAGCCCUUCUGGCACCAACAACCAUGCCACGUUCAAAGUCACUCAAAGCACCUUUCUUCCCCAUACUGAUGCUCGGUUUGAACUGCAGGAGAUUGUCUUGACCAUGUCUACAUGCCUAUAUGCACUAAGUUGCCGCCAUGUGAUUGGCUGAUUAGAAAUUAAGUGUUAACGAGCAGUUGGACAGGUGUACCUAAUAAAGUGGCCGGUGAGUGUAUAUAUAUAUAUAUAUAUAUAUAUAUAUAAAUAGUUUUGUCAUAUUGUAUUUUAGCACUUCAAAAAACACACUUUAACUAAACAGAACAGAACAGGUUACCUGUUUUAUCGUAUACAACUGACAGCUUUACCUGUUGUGUGUCUCUGCAGUGGAGGCCCAUUUUAAACACAAGCCUUGA